AUGUUACAAACCAGAGGUCAAGCGACGAAUGACCAAAAAAUCAUGCUAAAACAGCCUUUUGACUCGUCUUUUACAGCAGAUUUUAAGGUAAGAACAUUUCAUAACAGUUUUCUAUCUGCUUAUUUUAACCUAAUGUGGGUUUAGAGAAGUGAGGGGACUAAAUUUUAUGUCCGACUGGCAAUUUCAAAGUUGACCUCAGAAGGUCAAAUAUCUGCAUUUUUGAUAGAUUUUGUAAAGCUCUCGCUUCACUAUUUAUCAUUUGCCCAAACAAAUUUUUUCAGGAAUCUGUAGACCAUCCUUCUAACCCUCAACCACUAGCACCUUAAUCAAUUUGAAGGUUUGCACAUGGUGAAAAUUAUGUUUAUUCACGCAUUACUUUUGCUGAAGUAAAUUGUAUGCCUUCGAAAUUUAAAUCUAUCACAUGACUGGGGGCAUAGAGAGCCCAUGAGAUAGCACAGCGCAUGCGUCAAGUCAUUGCACACGUGCGUUGCAUCAAGCAAGUUGAUUUAAGAAGAUAAAGAAGAAAACAACUGAGAAAGUAGAAUCUAACGUAGAUAGAUCACUUAAACCUUUAAGAACCAAUGUAGUUGGUCUUACAUCACAAAUACGUAGCUCUAACGAGGUUAGAACUCGAAAAAUGACAGAACCUGAAGAAGCAUCUAGUGAGGUCGCCAACAAGUCCAGAGAGACACCAACCAUGAACGCUUUGGCCAGCAUAGUCCAGUCUGUGGUCGAAGAAAUGAAAGCAAUGAACAGACGAAUGGAUCACCUGAGCAAGCCCAUUAACCUCGAAGACAAGGAAAUCGACUACGAAGAGGGCGAACUGGAGCAUGGAGAUGCUGACAGAGAAUUAGUUGUUUCUCUAGAUAAAAAGGUAAAUGAAUUGACCAAAGCCCCUAGGCAGGAACAAAAAAUUCAAAGAGCACUAGUGCUCUUUGAUUCAGAAUCUUGAUCUGAGUGAGAAAACUGGGAGCACUGUGGAUGAGGAACUGGCCAACAUUGUGAAUAGUCUCUUCAAAGACUUAACUCCAGACAAAAAGACCCAAGCAAAGGUCGAUCAAUAUCCUAGGCCUGUGAACUUUGAGGGGCUUAGAGCGCCACAAGUAAACCCACUCAUUUGGAGCCAGCUCCCUGCACAAGUCCGCACACAGGUCACUGCGACAGAAAUGUAUUUCCAACACCUCGUAGUUUUACUUGAAUAUUUUUGAACUGCAUUCUAUUCCUGUUGUGUUUGAUUCCUGCUGUGUUAGCCUUGGUGACUUGACAAGGGACUGUCUCGUGUUUUUAAAGGACAGACAGGUUUCGAGUUUUGGGUGCUUCGUUUUCGAGUUUUGGGUGCUUCCCUUUUGAGUUUAAGUGCUUCGUUUUCGAGAUUUGGGUGGUUCGUGGUUCAGUCUGUUUUCGAAACUACCAUGUCAAUAGAGAGACAGAUGUGUUUUUGAAGGAGAAAUUUUCGAAUGACAAAAAUGAACCUAUUUAUCUUUAAUCUUCUUUACAGUAA